AUGUAUACAAUUUAGGAUCUAAUUAAAUUAAGAAAUGAAUUGUUAGAAAAGUAAACAAUAAUCGAAGGUUUAUAAAGAGAAAUUUAAUAAUGGAAAGAAACAAACGAUAGAUUAAAUCAAGUUAAAGAUGAAAUCUAUCAAUAAUUUUAAAAGCGAUACACAACUGAAGAAUAAUUUUCUAAUUCUUAUGAAGCAGCCUUAAAAUUAGAAUUUGACACCAUGAAAAAGGCUUUUGAAUAAAAGAUACAAAAAUAUUAAUAAGAUUUAGAAUCCUAAAGGAGAGAAUCAGGAAAAUAGUUAAAUGAAAUACGAAUUUAAUUGGAAAGAGAAAAAGAAACUAAAAAAUUAUUAUUGAAUAAACUUAAUUUAUAUAGUUGA